UGAGUUUUUCGAGUUUGUUUCUAGCACAAGCAAAUGGAAGCGUUUCGAUCAAAUAAUGCAGAAAAUUUCUUGGAAUUCAUUGUGAUGCGUGAGGCGAGACUUCAUUUACACAACCGAUGUCCUUGUCCUGCGGACCUGCGGUGGCGACACCUAUUUAGUCCGUAUUUCGACAUAUGCCUCGUCCUCGUGAUCCGUUCCAAGUUAAAAAUAAUUUGUUAUUCUGAAACUUGUUUUUUAUGAAUGUAUUAUGAAGUAGAUUACCCGCAGAAAUUUUCCGGUAGGGAUUCCAUCUUAACUUGAUAACAUUAUGAAAGAUAAUGAUAGACGACCCCUAAAACCCACCCCAUAAGAUGGGGCACAGUUUCUUUCAGAGGGGGUUCUGACGCCAUAAUACUUGUCAGGCGAAAGUCAACACGGCCUUAGACUAUAUCGUAGAAAAUUAAAACAGUGAUGGCUGCCCAUUGAAGAAUUCCGACCCGUUACAUAAUUCUCUUUAGUUCGGACCGUUAUUUUAUUUUAUUUUAUUUUAUUUAGCCUACAAUUUUCAAAAUGACUAAUCCGGAUUGUGUCGAAAUGAAGGCUUUGGGCCGCCAGUUUGCCAUUGGAACACUUUACAAUUACGCCAAAGAUACAAUUGUGCCAGAUAUGCGCUUGUGGGAUCCAGAAGAUGUGGCCAAAUUGAUCGUCGAAACUGAAGAAAAUGUCAAGGUUCAUUCGAUGGCGACUGAGCAAACCGAACGUGAUGAUGAGGCCGGUGAAACAAAGCACAGGUUUUGGCUAUCUGAUUUAGGAAUGGAUGAUCACACGGCAAUGAGUCUGAUCACCGGCAUUUUGCGUCCAUCAUCCGGAGGAGCUUGGCAGUACGUGGCUGACUGGGCGGACUGGAAGGCGGAAACGUUUGGCCGUAAAGCCGAAGUGGCGGUCCAUUGUUGUUGCUCCAGGCUCUCCAAGGAAGUCUCGGCGGUCGAUUCAAAAACUCAACUGGAAAUCAUUUGCCGUCCAGACAAAUUAAUGCAGAGCGGAGCCACUCACGUCGUCGUGGCCGUCACUUAUGGCCUGGAAGCUUUUUGCAUUUUCUCCCGUCAACAGCCAAAGUCAAACACGAAAACUGACGAUGAUGACGAAGCCACCGAAAGAAUGCGUAACUACGCCCGCAUAUUCGCCGAUCGGCUCACGGACGAUAGAAACCAUUUAGAAGCGGAUCAGGAUCAAGAAGGUGACGAAGAGAACGGCGGACAAUGUUUCAUCCCAUUAGACUUGCAGUGCAUUCUCUACAGCGAUCUAAAUCAAGCCAAAAACGGCGGACAAAGCUGGACUUGUAAGCCCGUUGCAGAACAGUACGAAGCCUGCAGGAUGGAACUGAAAAAUCAAGACAAAAAGGCAAUUCCGCUGAAAGUAUUACUGUGCCCACUCAGUAAAUUGAUGCCUAAGAAAAAAGGUAAAACUAUUCUUCCGGAUAUGUCGACAGAAUUAGUUCUUCGUUGUAAAAUGAUAUGGAACCGUCAAAUGGAUUUGCAACGAAUUCUUUGGGACGCGGACGAUUUGAUUGGCGAUUUGAGCGAUUGCCACUGUAUUCCGCCAACAACCUAUAAGAGAAUCAAGGAAUUUGGAGAAUUAAUAACCAAAUUUGUUGGGGUUUUACUCAAGGCGCUGGCUCAAUGGACAGUUGCCGUCCGACGCGGAGGAAUCACGGAAGAAAAGAUAAUGACUAAGAAGAUAAAAGCCGUGGAAACCCAAUCGCCGUUCCUUCCCAACGAGCUGAACUGUUGGCUCAAUCGUCAGAAACAGCAAAUCAAGACUUUUAAAAUGUUGGAUCAAUUACCCAAUGUCCGGCUUGUGUUGGGAGUAGAAAAUUUCAAAAAAGAGGUGAAACAUGGAAACGAAUGGUCUUACGCUGUGGUCAUUCACUUGCCCAAUUUGGACGGAAUUUCUGAUUUGUUGGUUGGCGAAAUGAAGCGUUAUGUUGGAGUAUUCAAAAGUUCAAAUUGGACAGAUUGGAGAAGUGACAAUAAAGGAACCCCAACUAAGGAUUCAAUUUUAACCAACUGUCGUCGAAUAUACUAUGCUGCUCUAGAGUUUUCAACCUGGGUGACUAAAAACAACAACGACCACACCAAUGUACGGUACAUCAUAUUUUACGACGAACGGAUUGGUGUAGGGGAAAUAUCGCCGUUCACGCGAUUAUACGACUGCAGAACGGAAGAGGCUCUACCUUUGAAUUUCACCAUUCCUGAAGCUCCAGGUCCAGUCACCGUCGAAAAGAACUAUCGUGGUGUGAUCACGCUCAGUUGGACAACUGAAGAGGAAGUCGAAGAGCCUAAUUAUCUUUUGCAGUACCGCAACAUUAAUGGAUCCGGAGAAAGAUGGGAUUCCAUUCAACAUAAUUCCAAGGGAAUUACAAUCAGUUAUCUGCAAUCGGAGGAAAGUUACGAGUUCCGCGUUGCCGCAGUGACACCAGGAGGAAGGAGUCCGUUCAGUCUGGUCAGCUACGAAGUGACAAUCGAUCCGGUUUGUCCGCCACCAGCUGAACUGCAGUGUUUGUACGUGACGGAUACGAGCAUCACCAUUUCCUGGGAUCAUCAAUUUUAUUCAGGCGGAGUAGAGACCGUUGCGGAAGAAGAUGGGGAUAAUUCUGAAAAGGAUGAAGAUGAGUACAACGGCUAUGACGAUGAUGAGGACUAUGACGAGUACUACGACGACACUGAAAAUCAAGAAGCCGAAGUAACUAUUUCCUCUUACUCUAUUGAUUGCUGGAUGGGUGGAAGCCGUCACGAGUCUACAUUUAUACAAAGAUUCACUACAGAUAAGACGAUUACACUCGAACCACUCGUCCCCGACACAGAUUAUAACGUCCAAGUUCGGGCUGUCUGCACUGAUGCCACGGGAUCCACUUUCUACAGUAAAGCUUCGCAGAUUCUGGAAACGAAGACGCUGCGAGAAGCCGAACGGGUAGCACACGUCGUCCGUCGUGAGAGCCAAAAAUGCAAAAAAAAAACUGACAAAGACAUCGACGCUUAUCAGUUGCGGCUAAAAAAACAACAUCGCGGCGACCAAACACAGGGAGUUGGACACUACGUUUUCGGCGAAAGGUCUUAUUUGGCGUUGGUCGGCAAGCGACGUCAACGAACCAUCUUGAUGCUGGGCGCCACCGGUUCCGGCAAAAGUACUCUCAUCAACGCUAUGGUGAAUUAUGUGCUGGGAGUAGAGUGGGAUGACGAUUUCCGCUUUAAACUGAUCGACGAGCCGGACGACAAGUCACAAGCUCACAGCCAGACGGAGUUGGUGACCACCUACGACUUGUACGAGAUGAAAGGAUCGCGGCUGAAUUAUUCUCUGACAGUUGUUGACACUCCAGGAUUUGGUGACACUAGUGGGCUGGAAAAAGACAAGAAAAUUAUGCAACAAAUCCAAGAUUAUUUCCAGUGUCGUCACGGAAUUCAGCAAUUGGAGGCCGUCUGUUUUGUCGUCCAGUCGUCUCUCCCCAGGUUGACACCUACUCAACAAUACAUUUUCGACUCGAUUUUGUCUAUUUUCGGCCAAGACAUUAAGGACAAUAUUCGGCUGAUGGUGACGUUUUCUGACGGUGCUUUACCACCGGUCCUUGGUGCUGUCAAAGAGGCCGGCAUCCCAUCGCCCAUGGACUCUACUGGUCUUCCCCUUUAUCACAAGUUUAAUAACAAAAUUUUCUUUACUUCUAACAAGGGCGACCGCCAGACGAACGAAUUUAACCGGACCUACUUUGAUAUGGCAGUCAGCGGUUUCGACAAAUUCUUCGACGAUUUGGGGGUAAUGGAAGCCAAAUUGUUGACUCUCACGCGUGAAGUGCUCGAAGAACGAAAGCGGCUUGAAGCCCUUAUCGAAGGUCUUCAACUUCGUACACAAAUUAAAUUGACACGUAUCGAUGAGUUUCAGCAAAUCAAGAAGAUCCUGGCGGAUAAUCAAGAUCAGAUAGACGCCAACAAGAAUUUUGAGUUUGAAGUCGAAUUCCUCGUUCCAAAAUCAACGGACAUAACCGGAACGGGCCAGUUCACCACCAACUGUCAAAAGUGCCAAACAACUUGUCAUUUCCCUUGUAGCCAGGCUCAUGACGCAGAUAAACAUCUUUGCUCCGUCAUGGACCGAAGCGGCAAUUGUAUGAUAUGCAAAUGUCCGUGGAAUGUCCAUUUCAAUCAAAAGUACAGGUACGAGAUGGUGAAAGAGAAAGUCAAGCGUUCGUCCGACGCCAUACGGCAACAAUAUCAAGGGGCCAAGAAUAAAGCGAUGACCAAUGAACAGCUGCUGAAAAAUAUCCAGAAGGAAAUCAAGAAACAAGAGGCGCAGCUGAUGGAGUUGAUGGAAUCCACUUAUCCAUCCAUCCAGCGACUGGACGAAAUCGCCCUUCGGCCUCAUCCGUUCUCCACACCCGACUAUAUCAACUUGUUGAUAGCCGCCGAGAAACAAGAACAUCGUCCAGGAUAUCAGCAGAGAAUCACCACAUUACAAAAACUCCGCCAAAUGGCUGAGAUCACGGCCAAACUGAUCCGCGAUAAGCGUUCCGUUCAAAAACCACCGCCGCCACCGAAACCCCAACCACCCAAAUAG